AUGACCAUCACCUCUGUGCAGACCCUCCUGCCGGGUCGCUACUCUGUCAAUGUCACAGAGAAACGCACCGAAAAGCCUCCUCCUCAAACACACUCCGUUCGGGAUUACCCAUUCAAGGGCUACCAACCACCACAACCGGAUGGAUAUGAGCAGAGCAAGGCUCAUCCUGACACCAGCGCCAUUGUUAUCGACAAUGGCUCUCACCUCGUCAAGGCUGGCUGGUCCUUUGACCAAAAUCCACGAUUCGUCCUACCCCCCGUCAUGAGCCGCUACCGCGAUCGCAAGCUCGGCCGUCAAGCCCACUUCGUUGGAUACGAUGCCUACGUUGAUGCGACUACGCGUGGACAGCUGAAGAAUGCAUUCGAUGGAAACUCCAGCGUGGUUGGUAAUUGGGAUGUCAUGGAGGGAGUGCUGGAUUAUAUCUUCCUCAAGCUAGGAGUUGACGGCGCAAACGGAGGUAUUGACCGGCCAAUCCUCAUGACCGAACCAAUUGCCAACCUGGGAUAUCCAAGAAGAAUGAUGAACGAAAUUCUGUUCGAGUGCUACAAUGCGCCUUCGGUGGCGUACGGAAUCGACUCGCUUUUCGCGUAUCGCUAUAAUAAAGGAACCGACGGUUUGAUCGUUUCAUCAUCGCACACCUCUACGCAUGUCAUUCCUGUCCUCAAUUCGAAACCGCUGCUCUCAAACUCCUCCCGCCUUAACUGGGGUGGUGUACAAACCGCCGAAUACCUUACCAAACUGCUACGGCUGAAAUAUCCCACCUUCCCGGCGCGCUUGACCGAGACCCAAGUUGAGGAAAUGGUGCACAAGCACUGUUAUAUCUCUGAAGACUACGAUCGCGAGUUGAGUGGAUACCUGGAUUGGACUGGCCUGGAGGACCGUAAUCAUGUCAUCCAAUAUCCCUUCACCGAGCAUGUCGUCGUCGAAAAGACGGAAGAAGAACUUGCCCGAAUCGCCGAGCGCAAGAAGGAGAGCGGCCGUCGGUUGCAGGAACAAGCGGCGAAGAUGCGCCUCGAGAAGCUGGUGAAGAAAGAGCAGGAAUUGGAGUACUGGAAAGACUUGCAGACUCGCCUGGCCACUGAGACCAAGAAAGAGAUUCGCCGGGUGCUGGAGGCUGAGGACCUCAAAGACGAAGUUCAUUUGGAACGGAUGAUUCGCGAUCUCGAAAAAUCUAUCAAGCGCUCUCGCAAUCGCGAUCUGGGUAUCGAGGAGGAAGAGCAGCAAGAGGAAAUGAGCUUCCAUCUGCUCGAUGUUCCUAAUGAAGAACUGGAUGAAGCUGGUUUGAAAGAAAAGCGACACCAACAGCUGAUGAAGUCUAAUGUGGAGGCGAGGGCGCGCGCCAAGGCUGAAAAGGAGCGUGAGAAGGCUCGCAUUGAGGAGGAAGAACGUCUUGAUCGGGAGAAGCGUGAGAACGACUUUGAGAAUUGGAUUGCUGCGCGUCGCACCAACCGACAGAAUCUACUGCAAAAAAUUAAAGAUCGGGAACGUUUCAAGGCUGAUUUGGGCAAUCGCAAAUCCCUCGCCAGCCAAAUGCGCAUGAAGACCUUGGCCAACCUGGCCGCAGACGGACCCAAGAAGCGUCGUCGCGGUGGUGAUGACGAUGACUUCGGUGCCAACGACGAGGACUGGGGUGUCUACCGCACCGUCGCAAAGGACGAACAGAGCGAUGACGAGGAGGAAGAGGACCUCGACGGCAUGCUGAAUAACGUUGAGCAGGAGCUGCUCGAGUAUGACCCCGAGUUUACGGAGAACCACACCCUUGCCGCCCAAUCAGACUGGACCAAGAGUCUGGUUCAUGCAUUCCUCCGUGGACCAUGGCCAUUUGACCCGGAGAGCCAACGCGAAGCCCACCAGAUCCAUCUCAACGUGGAGCGUAUCCGCGUGCCGGAGGUUGUCUUCAAGCCGUCCAUCGCGGGCGUAGACCAGGCGGGUCUAAUUGAGAUUGCGGCUGAUAUCGUCAACCAACGAUUCUCCAACUCUGCAGACCGCGAUCGCCUGCUGAAAGAUGUCUUCCUGACUGGCGGGAAUACCUUGUUCACCGGUUUCGAGGAGCGCUUCCGCAGAGAGCUGCGCGCGUACCUGCCCAUUGACGCUGAGCUGGGCGUGCGCCGGGCUGCGGACCCGGUCAUGGAUGCGUGGAAGGGCGCGGCUCAAUGGGCUGCGGGUGCUGAUUUGGGCCGAUCAUCCGUGACUCGGCAGGAGUACUUGGAGAAGGGAAGCGAGUACAUUAAGGAGCACGAUCUAGGCAACGUUACUUGGUAA